AGGAACGCUGGAGCCAACACAAGUCCGAAGUGUUCGACAGUUCACCAUUGAAAAUAAUCGCAGAGGAGAUGGCAGCCUGACACAGCCAAUUGCUUGAGUGUGCGAGCGAGACGAUCGAGGGCAGAUAGCGUGUAUGCGAUACAAUUUUAGCUCCAGAAAGCCAAAUAAAAUGAUCAGAAAUUAUCAGAAUUUAUGCCGUUUGUUACUUUGGGGCAGCCAGUGCCCCAGUGUUGGGAUCACAUUCAAAAGAACAAUGGCUUCAAGCGACUGUGAAAAUUUUGUGCGCGAUGGAAAGAAGAUUAUUGGCGCCGCUGUUAAUUAUCAUGACUUUUUGAAAAAAAAUAAUGUGCCUGCUCCUGAAAAUCCUGUUAUGUUUCUGAAGCCGACGUCUUCCUACAUUGUCGAAGGGCAGGAUAUAAUAAUCCCAAAAGUUUUCACCAGAGUAGCACACGAGGUUGAACUGGGAGUGAUUAUUAACAGAAAGUGCAAAGAUGUGAGCAAGCAGGACGCCAUGAGCUAUGUCGGAGGAUAUUGUUUAGCAUUGGACAUGACUGCUCAGUGUGAAUUGGGUGUCGCUCGUCCCAAAGGACUCCCAUGGUGUAUGGGCAAAGGAUUUGAUACAUCCACUCCAGUGUCGCGAUUCAUUCGACUCAGAGAAAUAAAAGAUCCACACAAUUUGCGCCUAUGGCUCAAGGUGAAUAAUGAAACCCGCCAAGACGGAAAUACUUCGGACCUUAUUUUCAAUGUUCCGGAAUUAAUUGAAUACACAUCGAAAUACAUGACCUUGGAACCAAAUGAUUUGAUAUUAACCGGCACACCGGUUGGCGCAAACCCUGUUAGUGCUGGAGACGUUAUCGAGUGCGGAUUGGGUGAUGUUGUUUCUAUGAAGUUUAAUGUAAAAGGAGCUUAGGAAAAGUGAAAAGUAUAAAAAUGAUUAAAUAGCUUU